AUGAACGCCAGGAUAUUGUUUUUGCUUGUUUGUUCUGCGGCAUUUUUAGCUGGGCUGCAGUGCGCCUCGCCAAGGACCACAGCGGGGAUGGAUCCCCCUACAGCCGGCUUCAGCAACCUCACCAGCAGCAGCAGCGGUGGCUCCAGCAGUGGUGGCAGCAGCGGGGAAAGCGGGGGUAAAAGAGACUUGAACCAAACCAUAAACUCCAGGCUCAAGAGGAAAACCCUGGCUGUGGAUUUUGCGGUGCCCUCGCUGCUGCGCUAUUACCUGGCGGAGUUCAUAAAGAGACCCCUGAACGGUGACUGCCAGACUUUUAGCGGAUGUUACACGGUGCGAGCAAACUUGACAAUGCUCUGCAUACCUUUACAGAAAACCAUAUCUACUUUUGUGGAACCAAAGUCAGCGGAGUCUGCACAGAGGAACGCCUCUGCUGAAGGACAGCUCCCCUUCUUCUUCAAGCGGCCGCUGUCCGAAGUUCUGAAAUUGGACUUGACUAAAGCCAGCAGGAAAUCGAACCAAGUUGUGGUGGAAAUAGGAGAGGAUAGAGUCAGAACGGGAUGCGGGGGGCUGUCUGUGUACGAGGAGGCCCCGGUGUUAACCCUGGAAAUGGACCUCACAACUAUUCUGGAGUGGUGGCUCGGCGCGGACGGGGGGCGGCUGAGGGUCCGGCUCAUGCCCGAGAAAAAGGCGCAGGUGCCCGGGAUCGAGGAUCGGUACACGGCGGCCAUACGCGCUGCAGACCCCCGCCUCUUUCUCCAGAUAUCCUCCCGGGGUGAACCAUUGGCUGGCAGGGCUGCUGCUACUGGCAUUCCUAGAGGGUACUGGAGCUUCUCCUGGGUAGCCGAGGACGACCUGAGCUUUCCCAAAGAGUCGAUGCCUACGUCAGAUCACCGGUGCCCUGGCAAUAGCAGAUCAUGUGACCAGCACCUGGAGGAUGUCCCACAGUUCACAUGGAGCUUAGUGGCUGCCAGGGACCUGCGGGAGGAAAGGAACGAGAGGAACGAAAAGAAUUCAGGAAGCCCCCAGGGCUGGGAGGAAGGUAAGAGCGAAGGUCAGUUCCUCUGGGUGAACAGUUCAGCCUUUGGGGGCCCUUGGGUGCUGAGUCCUUGGCUGUGGGGAGGCCAAGUCCCCUGUAGCCUGGAUGUGGCCGUGUUCCUCCACCCUAAGCAGAGUGGGCAGUACACCAUAUGGCUCAUAGAGCGGGACAAACCACCCCUCGCCCUCUUCUCCACUGACACGCUGCCACGCAUGACAGGCUGGGCGGUGGUCCACCUCACUCUGGGGACCCACGGAGCAUCACCUUUUCGGUUGUCGGCGGGUUACGAUCAGCGGAUCCGGCAGGAUGACUCGGCCACCAUCGAGCCCCACUUCACCACCAACUGCACCAUGGCAUCCUCACAGGGCCCCAAUAUCACACUUGAGGGUCAGUACCACUGCCACCAGGGACCCGGGAUCCCACUGGACAAGCUGUGCGACUUCAGAACAGACUGUCCGCUCGGCGAUGACGAAGGCGACCUAUGCCGGCGCUUUCUCAAUGGCAGCUACUGCUCUUUUGAAGACGGCGACUGCAGUUGGCAGUCAUUAACGGGCCGCGGCCUCUCCUGGAGAAGACUCCAGUCCCCAGCCAAGGCUACCAGGCAGAGCUGCCCAUCAUCAGGGACUACGUUCAGUGUGGAGGGAGGUCAGUCCAAAAGUCAGCGUGGCUCAGCGUCACUGAGGAGCCCUCUCUUCCCUCCACCUUUAAGAAACUCUCCAUGCAUGAUGCGGUUCUGGAUGUGUUCCGGAGGCUUACAGAAGGGGGCGCUGUCUCUGUUGAUCAGUGAGAACAGCACUGGUCCAGAGGAGCAGCGCACACUGUGGCACUCAUCCAGCGAACCCAAAUCUGAGAGGGGCUGGAAACUCAUCAUACUUCCUCUUUAUGGGCUGGCAGACUGGUUCUGGCUGCAGUUCAACACAGAAGAUGGACCUGGACCCGGUUCAGCCAUCUCUCUCGACAACAUCUCUUUCAGCAUGGACUGCUUCUUGGCUUCAAACGGCGAAUUUCCACCAGUGGCCAGUAGCACAACCAGGAUGCCAGCUCGACCACCGAUCAAGACCACACCCCCAUCCAUCGGGAGCCCUGCGAUUAUCUUCCCCUACACAGAUUACUCCAAAAAUUGGAUUUUCAAUACCUGUGGGGCUGUGGGGCCCGAAGGCCCGACUCCCACUCAGUGCCUCAACUCCUACAGGAAAACCAACGUCAGCGUCACAGUAGGAACCCGAGGGCCCUUCAAAGGCAUUCAAACAUGGCAGGUCCCAGAAACUGGCACCUACAGGAUCACAGCUUACGGUGCAGCCGGCGGUCGAAGCGUGAUGGCCAUUAAAGGAUCGCACGGCGUCCACAUCACGGGAGACUUUCUGCUGAAGCAGGGCGAGGAGCUUCACAUCCUGGUUGGACAGCGGGGAGAGGACGCCUGCCCCAAUGCCAACGGCAUGCUGAACAAGAUCUGCCAGGAACAGAGCGGCCCGAUGGUGAACAAAACUCAAGUGAAAGGAGGCGGAGGAGGAGGUGGCGGGGCGACGUAUGUGUUCAAGGUGGACAACGGAGUCACCGUCCCCCUCAUCAUCGCUGCUGGGGGAGGAGGCAAGGGCUACAGCAGCCAAUCGGAGAUACAGCUGGAGCAGAUGGAUGACCUCAGCCUACUCGGUCGCAAUGGGAAGUCGUAUGCUGCAGGUGGAGGUGGAGGCUGGAGUGACGGCACUCCUGUCAGUCAGGGCGGCAGGCCGCUGGUGCUCGGGGGCCAGGGAGGGCAGGGUUGUCAGAAGUUCUGGCAUACCCGAGGAGGAUUCGGGGGCGGCGGGGGCGGCUGCAUGUCCGGAGGCGGUGGUGGAGGCUACAGAGGCGGUAACACCUCCUUAGAUGACAACCCCAAACACGACGGUGACGACGGCACGUCCUUCGUCGAUCCAGACGGAGAAAUCUUCCUCCACCCUCUGAAAGUUAUGGAGGGGGAUGGUGAGGUGAUCAUCAGUCCGGUGCAGAACUGCAGCCACUGUGACAGCGGCGAAUGCGAAGAGAUCAAGGACAGCAUCGUCUGCUACUGCGAGAAUGACCUCGUCCUGGCGGAGAAUGGGGUGUCCUGCGUCAACUCCACAGGUUUGUCUGCGCCGCCUCCUCAGCCGCCUAUCUCCCACCUGCCGCUGGGUCUGUCCGUGGGUACCUCUGCCCUCAUCGCCGCCCUGCUGCUGGCCGUGUCCGGAGUCAUGAUAAUGUACAGACGUAAACACACAGAGCUGCAGUCUAUCCAGCUGGAGCUGCAGAGUCCAGACUGCAAGCUCAGUAAGCUGCGUGCCUCCACCAUCAUGACCGACUAUAACCCAAACUACUGCUUCGCCGGUAAGACGGCCUCGGUCAAUGACCUGAAGGAAGUGCCGCGACGCAACAUCUCCCUCACCAGGGGUCUGGGUCACGGCGCUUUUGGUGAAGUGUAUGAAGGUCUGGCGGUGGGGAUACCGGGUGAGCCGAGUCCACUUCAAGUGGCUGUCAAGACCCUUCCUGAGGUUUGUUCUGAACAAGAUGAACUGGACUUCCUCAUGGAGGCUCUAAUCAUCAGUAAGUUCAGCCACCAGAACAUAGUGCGCUGUAUAGGAGUCAGUCUGCAGGCCAUGCCCAGGUUCAUCCUGUUAGAACUAAUGACCGGAGGAGACCUCAAGACCUUCCUGAGGGAGACCAGACCCCGACUGGAGCACCCGUCCAGCCUGACCAUGGUGGACCUUCUCAAUGUGGCGAGAGACAUCGCUAAGGGCUGCCAAUAUCUGGAGGAGAACCAAUUUAUACACAGGGAUAUUGCGGCCCGGAAUUGCCUGCUGACCUGCAAGGGGUCAGGACGCGUGGCCAAGAUUGGAGAUUUUGGGAUGGCUCGGGACAUUUACAGGGCAAGCUAUUACAGGAAGGGUGGGCGUGCCAUGCUGCCAGUGAAGUGGAUGCCACCUGAAGCCUUCAUGGAGGGCAUCUUCACAUCCAAAACAGACACAUGGUCAUUCGGGGUCCUGCUGUGGGAGAUCUUCUCACUGGGCUACAUGCCGUAUCCAAGUCGCAGUAACCAGGAAGUGCUGGAGUUUGUAACCAACGGUGGAAGGAUGGACCCACCCAAGAAUUGCCCUGGGCCUGUGUAUCGUAUAAUGACUCAGAGUUGGCAGCACCAGCCUGAGGACAGACCUAACUUCUCAACUAUACUGGAGAGGAUCGACUACUGCUUGCAGGAUCCAGAUGUGGUGACCAUGCCCUUGCCGAUAGAGUAUGGACCCGUCCCGGAGGAGGAGGAGCGUGUACCCAUGCGCCCUGAUGACCCCUCAGCUCCAACAGUGCUGGUGAACACUCAGGUGCCUGAUGGGGAGGUUCCACAGCCGCCUCCAUCCUAUCCUGCAGAGGAGAGCCGCAGAGCAGGUGGGGAGCACGUUGUUGUGACGAACGCAGUGUCGGAGGCCAAAGCACAGACGUCAGCUCAGCCCCAGCCGUACCUCCACCAGCACCAGCAACCUCACACGCAGACCUCCGUCACCAUCACCACCACCAACGCCGUCACCUCCACAGCCGCCUCUACAGUCACUGCCAAGGGACCCCAUGUCAACACCCAGCCAAACCCGGAGGGGGGGCACAUCAACCUGGCGUUCACCCAGGGCCACCCGCAGGAGAAGGAGGGUCACAACGGGAAGAGCACCAGUCUGUGGAACCCCACGUAUGGCUCGUGGUUCCUGCAGCAGCAGCAGAGGAAGCAACAGCAGCAGCAGCAGCAGCAACAGCAGCAGCAGCAGAGGCAGGGUGGGGUGGGGGGUGCAGUAGGCAGCGGCAGCAGGGUGCCUGGCGAGGGGCAGGAGCACGUGGGUCGGACGGUGGCUGAGGUGGCGGGAGCACUGGGUUUCCAGCACCAGCACAAGCAGUUCCAGCAUCCGCUCCAGCAGCAGCACCAACUCCAGCUGCUGCACCAUCAACAGCAGCAGCAGCAGGGUCUUUGCAGACCACUGUUACCCCCUCCACCACCUCCCGCUGGCCAGACGCCCCUGCUUUUAGAUUCAGCCGCUUUGCCCCCAGUUCCCCUCUACAGACUGAGACGCUUCCCCUGCAGAAGCAUCAGCUACGGCUACCAGGAGCAAGGUCUGCCCCUAGAGGCCGCCCACGGCAACCCAAACCCCCCUCCUCCUCCUCAACCUUCCUCCCAACAGGGCACCUCCAUGUCCGCCUCAGCCGCCCACCAGAGGGGGGCCUCUAUUCCCACCUCCGUCUCCCUGGGUCGGUCAGGUAUAUCCGAGGACAGCCGCCCACUGCUAGUCACCAUGGGAACAGUGCAAGACCCCAGGCUGCCCAGGAUGGAGGGCCACAACGCCACCGUGCUUUAG